UCGACAACCAUUUUGAAAUCCCAAGUCAUUUGUGUUGAAAUAUUGGACCGUGAGCUUAAGGACUUGUCCAAUCGACUUGUUAUCAAUUUUACAGUGAACAGUAGUGAAAUAAAUGAAAACCAAACACUGUCAUGUCAGUUCUAUAAUGAAACAGGGGAAAAGUGGGAGGUCACGGGGUCAUUCACCAACCUGUUUUUGAACAGUAACGUUGUAUCCUGCUCUUAUGAUCACAUGACCCCUUUUGCUGUACUUCUGGUCGACCUGAAUGUGACCCAAAUUGAUCAACAGCAGUGGAAUUUCCUAUCCUAUAUUAGUUACAUAGGUUGUAGUCUUUCAGCCCUUUUCUCAGCAGUGACCAUCUUCAUCUAUGCUUUCAUGAAGAGCUCAAACAGAGACACUUCCAUCCAUAUCCAUGUGUCUCUGAGUGCGGCCCUUUUCCUUCUCAACAUCAGCUUCUUGUUCACUGAAUGGGGAGCCACAUGGUCUCAAAACAGUGCAUGUGUCUUAAUAGCAGUGAUAAUAGAGUACAGCCUCUUGUCCUGUUUCUCCUGGAUGGCCAUUGAAGCAUUACAACUGUUCUUGCUUCUAAUAAAAGUGUUCAACAUCCACAUCAAGCACUACAUGAUCAAGCUGUCACUGUUUGGAUGGGGACUGCCUGCUGUGCUUGUUGGAGGGAGUCUGUGUGUUUAUGGUACUACGCCUUUUUAUGGCACCACAGAAAUAAAAUUAUCAGACACAAAAGUAACAAAGAAAUUAUGCUGGAUUACUGACAUCCGCUUUCUGUAUGGCAUGAACAUCGGCUAUUUCUCAAUAACGUUCCUGUUCAACACGUGCAUUCUGGUGGCAGUGACGUAUCAGAUCUAUAAGCUCCGGCACAUGAAUGUCACCGGCAGCAAUCGUCCAUCUUGUAAGGAUAUAUGCACUGUCCUGGGCCUGACCCUUCUGUUGGGAACGACAUGGGGUUUGGCUUUCUUCACAUCAGGAUACACAAACUACCCCGUUCUUUACCUCUUCUGUAUCUGCAACACGCUGCAAGGGUUGUUUCUGUUCCUGUGGGUCUAUCAUACAAUGCAGAGGAAAAGGUGCCUGGAGGCACAAAGUACGACUGUGUCUGAACCAAUACCUAAUACGUAUGAAAACAGGUUUGCCCAGUGAUCAGAUGUUGCAUUGAUGUUACUGGUAUUGUUAUUAUACAUCAUAUACUGAUAGAUAUAAAAGCAAGCACUCCAUGAAUUUAUACAAUUGAUCACAAGAUUUCAAACCAAAUUCAUAACCUCACUCUGUAAGAAUCAGUUUCAUAAUCAGUUUCACAGUUCACUUUUUUCCAAUAGCGCCAAUGAGUUCCUUAUUAUCAUCAUUACAAAAGUAAAUGAUGCAUGUUGUUUUUGAGGAACAUAGCAUGUGUAUAAUAUGUUUAAUGGUCUAAUACAUGAAUAGAGUA